CAGACAUUGAAACAAUAUGUAAUGGUGUUGCUUGAAUAUUCAGCCUUCUCCGAAAUGAAAGUGUUUCUCGCUUGUGUCACGCAAGUAUGCCGUCCGUCUCGUACACACAUGCAUGUAUACGCAUGUAUGUGUGAGGAUUGAAUCACGGUAUGGGUGGAUGGAUCGCAUAUAUGGCAAACGCAAAAGGACCCGAUUCCCCCGGCCUUGCCCUCCCACCGACUGUCUAUCAUUCACUGCUCGGUGCGGCGGUUUCUGGCUUUGGACAACAGGAGCUUGUUGUGACCCCGUUUGGCCAAGAAUGAGGUUUCCAUCGGCUCAGCCUCGCCCUCAUGCCAAGGGGAUGUGACCAGCGACUCGUGGCACACGGGGAAAUGUGGCUGGUAGCAGUUGGUGAAGUCGUGGUGGGCUGGGUCGAAAGAAGAGUGGUUGUAUUCCUGCCACUUUGCCACCAACUCCUUGCCAAUGGGGCACCGAACGUCGCUUAUCUUGUCUGCAUUGACUCACCCACCCACACAACCACACAGGCGCAUGGCGAAGACAUAUGCCACCUCCCCACUACCACACACACACACCUGUGAGCAGGCCGAGCAGGCCAUAGUGUAGUUCCGCUAUGGUGCUGAAGAGCAUACCGUCCUGAGCGAAUGACACACACAGACGCGCAAACACACACACACACACAGAGAGAGAGAGAGAGAAUAUGGUGAGGUGGCCGGCCACUUGGAUGUUGUUCGGCCUCUCUCAAUGACCGCGGCAGCCCACCAGGCUCAUGGCGGACUCAACCUGCCCCUUGAACUUUUUGAUGGGAAAGUAGUUGGGGGGCUGGCAACGGCCGUACUUCUUGCUGCAGAUAAAGAGACACGGUACACAUACACUCGCACCAGCCACUGUUUGGUGAUUUGAUCUGAUCUUCAGACUAACUUGUCGUCCAGAAGGAUGGCGUGAGAGACGUCUCCUCUGGUGGGCAGCCCGGGGUAGCCGACGUCCUUCUGCUUGGAGGGUGUCGCCUUCUUAGUGUCUCUGUAGAACCUGCACACAAUACAUACACGCACGUUCACGCGUGCGUGGGUGGACGGAUGGAUGCGUUGGUGUUGUGGAUGGAGAAAGCCGAAUCCCUCUCCUCCAUCCGUGUCUUGUCACAGAUGCAAAUACAUACGCACGUACCGGUCCAGGAAUAGUCUCUCGCCAGCCAGCUCCUCGAUUUUGUCGACGGCGGGAUCAGCGUGCUGCAUUCAUUGGAGGCAAGGGAGGCACGAGAAUAGAUGAUGCGUCUGUCGUACAAACAUAGAUCUACUUCUCACCACGGGCAUUGCGGCGGUCCAGAUGUACAUUUUUACGCCCAGGCUCUUCACUUUCUUCAAGAAGGGCACCACAUGAUGGCGGAGGAGGGUGUGGCGGUCCUCGUCCGCAUAAUAGGGAUGGGGGAAGUGCAAGAUCCCGCCCUCAAUCCUCUCAUUGGAGUCAUCUCGGGCGUAGAUGAGGGUUUCGUCAACUGCACCGUCGCACCACACCACAUCAUAUGGAUGGAGCAGACGAAGAUAUGGCCGCCAUCUCAGCCCUGCUCUUACCGUCGACGUACAUCGUCAGGCCUGCAGACAAAGACCGACCCACACGGAAUGCAUCAAAUAUGUCGCUAUCUGUCGGUGCAGUGGGCAGAUCUGCCGUGCGGUGGCCACCCACCUUCGGUUGUGGUGGCAUUGGUAGUGUGGGCAUGAACGGAUCUGACGGCAUCGGAUGGCUUGGCGUCGAAUGGCUUGGCGGAGAGGCAAACGAGGAGGAGAGAAAGGAGGGAGAUGAAACGAAACAUGAUGCUGAUGAAGGAUGGAUGGAUGGAUGGAUUGGGGAGGAACGGGAACCGG